UUCCGUGGGACAACGUUGAUAACGCGACAGCAAGCUAACUUAGUUAGCUGGCUAGCUACACGUCGUCACAUGCAGUGCGGUGAUAAGGCGUAACUAGCAAUGCUUCUAGCCAACUGUUGCUAACUUAGAUUCAUUUUUAUCGUGAGCAGCUGUUGAUGUCACGUUUUUAGUUUGCUAACUAUGCAUGGUGGAACUUUCCAUUACAAACAUCUUGUAUUGCUAACAUUAACUAGCUAGUUAGGAUGUUUUAGCAGCUAGCUAAUGUUAGCUAUUGACGGAACGUUAGCUAGAUACCAUCAAGUGCUGUUUUAUGAGUCCUACCUCUGCCCAUCCGCUAUGCUAACAUGCAUUAUACAGUCACUUUUAGCAUCUUGUCUCAUUUUACGUACCACCAAAUUAACAUAAUUGUAGAUCGCUACAUAACAGAAUUGAAAAUGAGAUGACGAUAAAGAUGUGAUUAUUCAGCACCCUUCUUGCGGGGCACAACUGGUUUCGGGUUAACUAGUGGUGGCUAACGUUAGGCAAUGUAACUAAAGUUAAUGUCAGAGCCAAGCCACAAUAAGCCAUUCAUGUAGCGUAGUUGGAUGCCGAGCUAAAUUUGAAUAGCUGUAAUAACUUCACCCUCAACAGAACGUGAUCCGGUAACUGGUGGUGGUAUAACCGAAAUGACGUGAAAUACGGUCAUGUAAUCAUGAUUAGAAGUGCUAACGUGACGUUUCCGGACAGUCAGUCAUGACUGAUGCAUGUGAAUUUCAAAGUGAUGUAGCUAAUAUUAGCUUGCCAGUUUACGCAUAAGUACAGUGUUAAAGAUAUUGUUUAUAUUUUUAUUGUCAUGUCAAAAUGCCGUCUGAAAAUGAGGGCCAGGGGGAUGGGAUCUCAGAGAUCCAUUGAAUCAGUUCUAUAUGUAAUUCUAUGGGAUGGCAUUUACCCUCCAUCAGUGUCUGUCUUUAUUAGCAUGUUUUUUACAUGAUGGGUCAACAACCAACCUGUAAUACAGAUCGUGUGAAAAGACAAAGGCAAGCAGCAUCAUGCUCAUACGCCUUACUAACUUUCCACUAUGGAAGGAAUGUUUACAGCUUCAGGCAGAUGCUGGGACCAGUUGGGAUGCUUGGCUGUGUGGCAAAUGGAUAACAUUUCAUUUUCAUUCACAUUGAUCCUGCUUAAACAAGCAUGUAGGAUUCUUGGGGAAAUAGCCCACAAUGUAGAGCCAUAGUGAGAGGUGACAAUAAAUUAAAUGUAGAAAUUCACAUUUAUUUUUUGUCAGCAAAUUACUUUUUACUACAUCUAUAUUCCCAUAAAUCCACUCCUUUUCCUCUAUUUUAAAUGUUAUUGUGAAAGUGACAUCUGGCCCCAUGUUACCUAAUAUGGUCUCAUUGCCUGUACUUCAGGCUUGACUUGUGGAAUUACAACACUUUCUAUGCAGGCAUUUUUAGUGUAUAUAGUUCCUUCCUGCCUCGUUAGACUCGAUUUGUCUGAACAUGCAGGCAGAGACGCUUGAAGUGUUAACAGUUCUGCUUGGUCAAAUACAACUGUGUUUAUCAAUCCUUUACAGCAACUUGUGCAUGCCUACCUGGGAGUGUGUUUAUGAAACACCACAUAACAUAGUCUUAGUAGGUUGUAGCGUGCUGUGUUAGGGCCAUGGCAUUGAAGGACAAGCUAGAAGCGGUGCUGAACGUGGGGCUGCGUGUCCCCAGCAUCAUGCUGCUGGAGGUACUCUACCGCUGGGAUGUCAGCUCCUUCUUCCAGAAGAUCCAGAGAAGCAGUCUCAACAACAACCCCCUCUUCCAGUACAAGUACCUGGCUCUCUACCUGCACUAUGUAGGUUACAUCCUCAGCCUGGUGCUCCUGACUCUGCCUCGUCAACACCUGGUGAAGCUCUACCUGUACGUGCUCACUGCCCUGCUGCUCUUCGCUGGACACCAGGUGUCCAGGGAUUAUGUCCGCAGUGAGCUGGACUCUGGGUACGAGGGACCGCUCUACCUGGAGCCACUAUCCAUGAACCGGUUCAACACCGCCCUCCUAGCUCAGCUGGUGGUGUGCACCCUGUGCUCCUGCGUCAUGCAGACCAAAAGGAUCUGGCUGUUCUCUGCUCACCUGCUCCCCCUGGUGGCCCGUCUCUGUCUGGUCCCCCUGGAGACCAUCGUGUUCAUCAACCGCUUCGCCAUGAUCUUCACGGGCCUGGAGGUCAUCUACUUCCUGGCCUCCAACCUGCUGGUGCCCUACAACCUGGCCAAGACCGCCUACAGGGAGCUGGUGCAGGUGGUGGAGGUGUACGGGCUGCUGGCUCUGGGGAUGUCCCUGUGGAACCAGCUGGUUCUGCCCGUCCUCUUCAUGUGCUUCUGGCUGGUUCUGUUCGCCCUGCAGAUCUACAGCUACUUCAGUAGCCGGGACCAGCCCACCUCCAGAGAGAGGCUGCUCUUCCUGUUCCUCACCAGUAUUGCAGAGUGUUGCAGCACGCCCUACUCCCUGCUGGGCCUGGUCUUCACUGUUUCUUUCGUGGCGUUGGGCGUCCUCACACUCUGCAAGUUCUACCUGCAGGGCUACCGGGCCUUCAUGAAUGACAACACCAUGCACCGGGGGAUGACAGAGGGCAUCACGUUACUGAUCCUGGCUGUACAGACUGGUCUGAUCGAACUGCAGGUCAUCCACCGAGCCUUCCUCCUGAGUAUCAUCCUCUUCAUCGUGGUGGCCUCCAUCCUACAGUCCAUGCUGGAGAUAGCUGACCCCAUUGUACUGGCUCUAGGGGCCUCCCGGGACAAGAGCCUGUGGAAGCACUUCCGGGCCGUGAGCCUGUGCUUGUUCCUGCUGGUCUUCCCAACAUAUAUGGCCUACAUGAUCUGCCAGUUCUUCCUCAUGGACUUCUGGCUCCUCAUCAUCAUCUCCUCCAGCAUCCUCACCUCACUGCAGGUGCUGGGCACCCUGCUUAUCUACAUCCUGUUCAUGGUGGAGGAGGUCCGUAAGGAGCCCGUACAGAACAUGGACGAUGUCAUCUACUACGUGAACGGGACCUACCGGCUGCUGGAGUUCCUGGUGGCGCUCGUGGUGGUGGCUUACGGCGUGUCAGAGACGGUGUUCGGGGAGUGGACGGUGAUGGGCUCCACCAUCAUCUUCAUUCACUCCUACUACAACGUGUGGCUGCGGGCCCAGCUGGGCUGGCAGAGCUUCCUGCUGCGCAGAGACGCCGUCAACAAGAUCAAGAGCCUGCCCACCGCCUCUGACCUGCAGCUGGAGAAGUAUAACGACAUCUGCGCCAUCUGCUAUCAGGACAUGAAGUUUGCUGUCAUCACCCCUUGCAGCCACUUCUUCCACGCUGGCUGUCUCAAGAAGUGGCUUUAUGUACAGGAGACCUGCCCCCUCUGUCACAAACAGCUGAAGAGCCAAUCACAGCCUGCCAAUGCCACCGCUGCACCCGCCCAGGACAUUCUACCAGCCAAUCCCAACCCAGCAGAGGCUGGGCAAGGAGAGCCAGUGGCGGUUGCGGCUGAGGGGGACAAAACCGUUACUCAGAACGGUGUUCCUGUUGACGGGAGCCAAGCCAGCCCCUCUUCCACCUCUGCCUUGCCCUCAAGCUCUAGUUUAGGGUUAGCAGAGGAGAGUGCCCCGGGCCCCCAGCAGGCUGACACAGUGGACAGUGUGUAUUUGGAGGACCAGGUGGCUGGUCUGUCACAGGGCUCGGGGGAGUCAUGUCUCCGGCAUCGCCAGUCCCAGCAGUCUGCCUCUUCACCUGCAGCAACAUCAUCCACAGCAUGUGGAGCUGAACUGUAGUCAGAAUGGUCUGCCGGCCCCUGCUGCCUCUGAACCGCACUCCUGCACACCACCUCACACACAGCUAAAGACUAAGUGGCCAAUACGUAUAACCAAGAUGGAGGUUGCUGGUUAACUGUUGGACUGACCUCCUAUUGCCACUUUCCAACACCUCCCCCUUAAUGAACUCUAUUUCUUGGCCUGUUUCUUAAAUGUUGGUUUUAAACUCAUUAACAUUUCAUGGUUAUUAAUCCUAUAGGAUUGUAUGAAAUCUGAUGCAGACUUUAGUAAUGUUUGAUUCUGAGAUGCCAUACUGAAACAUCAUUACAUUUCACUGUUGAGAAAUAUGCAUUGACUUCUCCCACUUGACAACAAAAUAUGUAAGUAGCCUUGUGCUAGCCAGAACGACUCAUAGCAGCAGAUCUGUUUCUGUAGCAUGAGGCGGGUUGAUGUACAAGUACAGCCCCUGGCCCCCUGGACGGGACACUAGUCCAGGGGUCGGCCACCCUGGUUCUGGAGAGGCACAGGCAGACCAGGUGUGUUGAAUUUGGUCAAUCACUGAAGUGAUCAAUUAUCUCAGUUGGUCAGGUGUGGUGCCUCGUUGGAACAACAUCCUGCUGUACCUGCACCCCCUCCUCUCCUCCUGGGCCUGCCCUGGUUGGGCCGUGGGCCUGCCCUGGUUGGGCCGUGGGCCUGCCCUGGUUGGGCCGUGGGCCUGCCCUGGUUGGGCCGUGGGCCUGCCCUGGUUGGGCCGUGGGCCUGCCCUGGUUGGGCCGUGGGCCUGCCCUGGUUGGGCCGUGGGCCUGCCCUGGUUGGGCCGAUAAUCUGUUACACAACCUGAAUGUUACCAAGUCCAGGGGCAGGGCAGGCUGGUGUGUAGGUAGAAGACACCAAUGUUCCCCGGGUGUGUUUUAGAUUAAAUUAAUUCAUACUGAAGAGAACAUACCCAUAUGGCACUUGAUGUAGAAGCUUUAUGCACGCUUGGCUUGCACGCAGUCACCGUCCGAUAGCCGUAGGAACUUUAUUUUCAUAUGUAGCCAUUUGCACUGUCAUUUAUAGCGACGCUCCAAAGUUGUCUUUGUCAGGUACCAAAUAUUUUUGGUAUGCAUGAGGAAAAAGCCCUAUAUAAAUGUGUGUAUAUAAACAUUUAUAUUGUAUGUGAAGAGGACUUUUGAUAUGCCUGCCAUUCAGUGUUAAAGCUGCACCCCCCCAGUAUGAAGCGAUCAGAGGCUUGUGUGAACACUUCAGUAACCCUUUCGGUAGAAGUGUGAAGAGAGCUGAUCACAGAUUGAGGGAGUUGCCAGCGCUAAAUUGACCUAAAACAGUAUUUGUUACAAUUUUGAGAAUGAAUACAUAGUAUUAUGUAUGAUCAAAUUUGUCAAACGUUCGAUCAAUUGGUGGCUUUUGGACAUUUUCUUGAAUCUAUAUUGGGAGAAGCGGCUAAGAGUGUAUAGUAUUUUACAUACAUCAUGACAUUGACAUUUUGAAGAGGACUUUUAGCAUUUGAAAUGCAUUCCAAUUUGGAAUGUAAUGUUUCUUUUGAGAAGCCUUACAAAUUCAUUAUUUUUCUUUUUUCUUUUUAAUACAAAAGAAUGACAUGCUCUGUGAAUGCUGAUUUCCAGUCAAAUUGUUUGGUAAGAGAUUUGCCUGGUGUUUCCAUUUCAUUUUACAAAACUGCUGAAUGUCAAAUUCAACAAUCUAAUUUUUACCUGCACUCUGAACAGUCUUUUGGUGUUGGAGAUUUGAGUGUUAUAGCUGGUGAUAGAUUAGCCACAGCUUCCAACAUCACCAUGCAAGCUCGAUCCUGGAACCCGCAGGCCAUCAUUGUGAAUAAGAAUUUGUUCUUAAUUAACUUGCCUUGUUAAAUAAAGGUUACAUAAAAUAAAUGAAAAGGCCACAGGGGUGGAAGGUGGAGGAAAAUGUCAAGAGAACUGGCAUGGGGUGGAUUUAGCUGGAGAAGACUACCCAGAUCAGUGUGAUGGAGAAUGGCCUAUGCUUUCGAAGGAGGUGAGGUAAGAUUUGAGUGAGGAGAGGAUCUCCUCUGACCACCUCCAAUGGGUUUUGAGAAUUAGGUGAGGAGAGAGGAUGCAAGGAGUGUACCAUUGAGUUUCUUCCCUCGUUUAGCACAGACAGACACACUGCGCUGGCGCUGCAUUAUAGUCUGUCAGUCCCACUUUACAAUACACAGACCUUAUACCAUAUAAACUGGAUGGUUUGAGCCCUGAAUUAUGAUUUGCUGAAAACCAUGGUAAAUCAGACCUUAUAAAAUAGGAAUGACCAUAUUAAUCUAAUUCUCUAAUUACAUUGGUAACCAGUUUAUAAUAGCCAUAAGGCUCCUCAGGGGUUUGUGAUAAAUGGCCAAUAUACCGCAGUUAAGAUCUGAGUCCAGGCACUCCCUUUAGCUGUGGUAUAUUGGCCGUAUACCACACCACCUAGAGUCUUAUUGUGUAAAUAACUGGUAAUACACAUGUUAUUACGUUGAGAUUGUGUAUUUUCUAAAACGUCUUGGUGAACAACCAUUGAGUUGUACGUACAUACUAUAGCCACAAGGACUUCACUGUAACGUAUCUUUUCAUAAUUGCCAUGAACCACUUUGGAAAAACCUGGUUACAAUGAUUCUGUCACCAACUGAAAUUAGGCGAACUAUUUGAAUUUUAGCAACCAGGAAAUGUCGGAGCGAUUUCUGCAUAGUGCAUCUUUAAGUUUAGGAAACGUAUUUUGUUUGACGUCAUUACUGUUUUUAAAUGUUCCAAUAAAAACUUGUGGUCAGUUUUUAUAAAA